AUGGCGGGCGGCGCGGGCUGGGCGGGCCCCGCGGCUCUGCUGCGCUCCGUGCGCCGCCUGCGCGAAGUGUUCGAGGUGUGCGGCCGCGACCCCGACGGCUUUCUACGCGUGGAGCGCGUCGCGGCGCUCGGCCUGCGCUUCGGGCAAGGCGAGGAGGUGGAAAAACUUGUGAAGUGUUUGGAUCCCAAUGACCUGGGGAGAAUCAACUUCAAGGAUUUUUGCCGUGGAGUAUUCGCCAUGAAAGGGUGCGAGGAGCUGCUGAAGGACGUGCUGUCGGUGGAGAGCGCAGGGACCCUGCCAUGUUCUCCAGACAUCCCAGACUGUGUGGAGCAGGGCAGUGACUUCUCUGGCUCUACCUAUGCUGAUGGCGAGCUCCUCCCCAGGGAACCCGGCUUCUUCCAGGAAGACGAGGAGGAAGCGAUGACAUUGACCCUACCUGAGGGACCCCAGGAGCUAGACAUGGACAGCCCCAUGGAGAGCAGCCAGGGCCCGGAGGGCUCUGUCAGGAGUCCUGUGGAGGAGAAGGAGCCUGAGCUGGGGGGCCUGUUCCUGCCAGAGGACAAGUCCCUCGUCCUCACUCCAGCCAUGACCACAUCAGACCUUUCCACUCACUCCACCGCCUCUCUCAUCAGCAACGAGGAACAAUUUGAAGACUAUGGAGAGGGGGACGACGUGGACUGUGCUCCCAGCAGCCCUUGCCCUGAUGAUGAGACCAGAACCAAUGUCUACUCAGAUCUAGGAUCAUCGGUGUCUUCCAGUGCGGGACAGACCCCCAGGAAGAUGAGACACGCCUACAACAGUGACCUGCUAGAUGUGUACUGCUCUCAGUGCUGCAAGAAGAUCAACCUGCUGAAUGACCUGGAGGCCAGGCUGAAAAACCUGAAGGCCAACAGUCCCAACAGGAAGAUCUCAAGCACAGCUUUUGGACGGCAGCUCAUGCACAGCAGUAACUUCAGCAGCAGCAAUGGCAGCACCGAGGACCUGUUCCGCGACAGCAUCGACUCCUGUGACAAUGACAUCACAGAGAAGGUGAGCUUCCUGGAAAAGAAGGUAACGGAGCUGGAGAAUGACAGCCUGGCGAGCGGGGGCCUGAAGAGCAAGCUGAAGCUGGAGAACGUGCAGCUGGUGCACAGGGUGCAUGAGCUGGAGGAGAUGGUGAAGGACCAGGAGACCACAGCAGAGCAGGCGCUGGAGGAGGAGGCCCGGCGACACCGCGAGGUCUACUGCAAGCUGGAGCGGGAGAAGAGCACAGAGCUGGAGCUGCUCAACACCAGGGUGCAGCAGUUAGAAGAAGAAAACACAGAUCUGAGAACAACCGUGACACGACUCAAGUCACAGACGGAGAAACUGGACGAGGAGCGGCAGCGCAUGUCUGACCGGCUGGAGGACACCAGCCUGCGGCUGAAGGACGAGAUGGACCUUUACAAGCGCAUGAUGGACAAGCUGCGACAGAACCGCCUCGAGUUCCAGAAGGAGCGGGAGGCAACGCAGGAGCUCAUCGAAGACUUGCGGAGAGAGCUGGAGCACCUGCAGAUGUACAAGCUGGACUGCGAGCGGCCAGGCCGGGGCCGCAGCUCAUCCGGCCUUGGCGAGUUCAAUGCCAGAGCCCGUGAGGUGGAACUUGAGCAUGAGGUCAAGCGUCUAAAGCAGGAGAAUCACAAACUGCGGGAUCAGAAUGAUGACUUGAACGGGCAGAUCCUGAGCCUCAGCCUCUAUGAGGCGAAGACCCUCUUUGCCACCCAGACCAAAGCCCAGUCUCUGGCUGCAGAAAUCGACACAGCAUCUCGAGAUGAGCUAAUGGAGGCCCUAAAGGAGCAGGAGGAGAUCAACUUCCGACUGAGACAGUACAUGGACAAGAUUAUCCUGGCUAUACUGGACCACAACCCCUCCAUCCUGGAGAUCAAACACUGAGUCAGGGCUGGCUGCAGAGCGGCCGUCGGACCUGGGACCUAGGGGCAGGCCUGCCUGAGGACGGAAACGCAGGCAGGACCCCACACUCACUCUGUAAAUGUACCUCUGACCACCCUGUGUGUGUGCUGAUGUAUGGGUAGGAGGCUGUGAGCACACAGGCAAGGAGUGAGCUCGGGGCCAUGGCUGUGGGUGACAAGCCGUGGUGAGCUGUGUGUGCACUUUGAAGCCCCUUUGUGAGGGGCAGAGGGGACUGGAUGCGGUAGGGACUCUCAGGAGUUAGCAGCAAGGACUGGAAGCUUGCAUUUCGGAUACUGAUGACAUGAUUCUACCUCUGUGGCUAAGGGUUAGAAGAUACUCUCAGGAGAUGGGUUCUCUCCCCUCCCCCACUGGAGUGAGGACAAAGCUGUUACAGUCUCCAGAAUUCAGUGUCCUUUCCAGCCUUUCAGGCCACCUGUCAUGCCGGGUUUUUUUUCUUUUUCUUUUUUCUUUUUUUUUAAGCUCAGAGGAGGAAGGGGUAUGGAGAGAACCCUGUGGGCUAGCCCUCUGGGGUGCAGGUAAACAGGUCAGUGGACUGCUUACAGAGCAGCUAGCGUGUGCUGUCCAUGCCUUUGGGCUGAGUCCCUCGUAGUUUUCUGUGCCCUUCCCAGCCAGUCUUGCUUGCCUACCUCCUCUUUCUGAUUUGGCUUCAUUUUGGAGAUGGGAAAUAUAAGCAGCAUUCAGCUGGGGGUGGAAGGAAGGCCAAGAAGAAGGGUAGGGUGCCAGGGCUGGUAUGUGUUAGCACUGGGGGCCGAAAGGAGUGACUGGGAGAAAGACUGCCUCAUCACCUGUGACCUGUCUGGGUUCCAUGCUCCUUGGUGAAAGGACAAGGGUUUCCAAGACAACACCCUUUCCUCCAGCUUUCUGAUCCGCCUGGACCUGGUCCCCAGUUAGAGAGCAGACACUGCUGUUGGGAGAUUCAGUGAAGAGCAUUGGGGGACCUUAGUCUUCCGUUCUGUGGAUACAUGAUGGGAAUUCACCCCGGGGUGUGGUGGGGGCGUUACAAUGUGAUCUGCGGAGUAGGUACUGUACUUGGGGUGUUCUGAUUUACCUGUUUCAUACGGCUUCUGAUUGGCUUCCCUACCCCAGCUCCUAUAAACGUGUACGGUCUCAA